UUUGUCUUCUUUGUUUUUUUUUUUUUUGGAGCGAGCAGGAAAUCAGUGAGUCCAUCAGGGCUGCUGUGAUUCCCAGCAGUGAUACGUCAUUAUACUGGAUCACUGUUUGAAACGAGGGCAGCUGUGCUUGACUCUGGAACUGACAAGGCUGUCACACACUUCAGGAAACACACGCCGGUGAGGUUUGGGAAAGAGAGGUAUAUUCCUUGUAUUCAGUCACAGAAUACACCAUUAUAUGUGUGCACUAGUGCCACACUCAUGUCAGAGCCUCCAAAGUGCUGCAUCUGCCUGGACGACUUCACCAACCCUGCUUCACUCCCCUGUGGACACAGCUUCUGUCUGGGCUGUAUCGGAGAAUACUGGAGGAUCCACGGGGCUUGUCAGUGCCCUCUCUGCAUGACCCACUUCCACACCAGACCACAGCUGAAAACAUGCCACGCAACACACACUGAAACCCCAGCGACGCCUUUAAAAGCCGGGGAGGUUCCCUGUGAUCUCUGCACGGCCACGAAACGGCCCGCGGUCAAGUCGUGCCUGGUGUGUCUGGCCUCGUACUGUGACACCCACCUGGAGCUACAUUACCAGAGUGAAGAUCUUGGGCGCCAUCUCCUGAUCAGUGUGGUGAAGAACUUGGAGGAGCCUGUGUGCAGAGUGCACGAGAAGCCUUUAGACCGGUUCUGCAGGAGUGACCAGACAUGCAUUUGUGCCAUGUGCGCCCAGACCGAACAUAGAGGUCACCACAUCAUCCCCAUUUACAGGGAAGCUGCAAAGAAGAAGGUGAAGCUAAAACGGAGGAGGACGAAGCUUCUGCAAGCCAUUCAAGAGAGACUAAGCAAAGUCGAGAAAAUCAAGCUGUGCGUCGGCUGCAGUGGAGAAAACCCGGCAGAGGCGCGGGCGGAAAAUAAAGAGCUCGUGCAACAGCUGGAGGAAGAAAUCUGCGAUCUGCAGAGGGAGAACUCUGAGCUGGAGCAACUCUCACACUCCGAAGAUGACCUGCACUUCCUGCAGACAGAUAUGGCCUCUGCUCCUGCGUCACCCAGUGAAAGCAGCUCCUUGGAGAACCAUCUAAAAUGCUCCACAUGCAUGGAAACAUUUACGGACCCUGUCACUACAGCUUGUGGCCACUCCUUCUGCAAGAUGUGUCUGGAGUUCCACUUUAAGUACAACGACAGAGUGUGCCCCCUGUGCAAGAAGCCCAUUACCAGAACCUUGGAUGUGAACAUCGUCUUGAGAGAAAUUGUCCAAAAUUGUCGAAUUGAUGAGAAGAUGAAAAACCUGGAAGCAAAAGAUGACGACGUAGCCUGCGACAUUUGUACAUCACCAAAGCUCAAGGCUGUGAAAUCCUGCCUUGUGUGUCUCGCCUCGUAUUGUUUGAACCACCUGAAGAAUCAUUCCUCAACUGAAAGGCUGAAGGGCCACAAGUUGGUGGCACCUGUGGAGGACCUGGAUGAACGGGCCUGUCUGAAACAUGGACGUCCCUUGGAGCUGUACAGUAGGGAGCAGCAGAGAUGCAUUUGUGUUGGCUGUCUGGAAGAAGAUCCGCUGGAGGUUGUCUCCACUGAAGAUGAAUGGGAGAAGAAGAAGAUUAAACUUCAGAGUGUGAAAAGUGAAUUGGAAACACAAAUUAACCGGAGAGAAAAAAAUCUGCACAAGCUUAAUCAAGCUCUUCAGGACUGCAAGAACCAGAUGGAUAAUGAGUCGAGGGAUAUUGAUAAUGUGUUCAAUACUGUGAUCGCUAUUGUGGAGGAGGCUCAAGAUAUAGCUCUUCAGCCACUGAGAGACCGGAGGCAAGUCAUGGAAAAAGAGGUAGAUGAUCUCAAACAGAAGCUGAAAGCAGAGAUCAGACGCUUCCAGAAAAAUAUCACUGACCUGGAUGGUAUAGCUACCCUUGAGGAUCACAUCCAUUUCCUACAGGAAUGCCCGUGUCUUGAAGACCUGGUGGACACCAAUGACUUUGUGGAGGUAGAGUUCGACACAUCACUGUGUUUUGGGACAAUCAGAAAAACCACAACGAUAAUGAUGGAGAGAGUUCAACAGGAGCUUGACAAGCUGACCUCCAUCGAACUUAAGAGAGCUCCAAAGUUUACAGUGGAUGUAAAGCUGGAUCCAACCACUGCGCACCAACGCCUUGUCGUUUCUGAUGAUGGGAAGGAAGUGAAAGAUGGAGGGACAGACCAGGAAGUUGAUGAUUCACCGAAGAGGUUUGACAUGUUUGGUAGCAUCCUGGGUGUCAACAGCUUGAGCUCCGGGAGGUCUUACUGGGAAGUGGAGACCAACAAGAAGACCGGGUGGGACCUGGGUGUGGCGAGAGUUGAUGCAAACCGCAAAGGGAACCUCUCAUUGAACCCAGACAACGGUUACUGGGUGAUCAUUCAUUACGAUGACGAAAAGUUUACAGCUCUGACAGCGCCGCCACAAGUGCUUUCCCUGCAAGAGAAACCUCAGAGGGUGGGAGUGUUCGUGGAUUACGAGGAAGGACUGGUCUCUUUCUACAAUUUGACAACUCAGUCUCACAUAUAUUCUUUCACAAAGUGUUCAUUCACCAAAGAACUUCUCCCGUAUUUCAGUCCACACCAGAAACAAGAUGAUAAAAACAGCAAUCCUUUGAUUAUUUCUCCUGUGAAUGGGACAUGGACGCGAACUAUGUCGGGAUCAGUCGUCUCUGGAAUUAGCCUCGUGGGGCAAGGGCCAAUAAUUUAGGGCUUAGUAGACAGCACAAAAUACACAAAUAUUUACCUAACUACAUAUCUGCAUAAUAGGCCUUUCUGUGUGGAGUUUGCAUGUUCUCGCCGUGUAUGUGUGGAUUUUCUCAGGGUUCUCUGGUUUCCUCCCUAAUUCCAAAAACAUGCAGAUUUGGGGAUUAGGCAAAUUGGACAAUCUAAAUUGACAAUAGGUGUAAGUGUGAGAGUGAAUGGUUGUCUGUCUCUGUGUGGCCCUACGAUGGACUGGUGUCCUGUCCAGGGUGUACCCCGCCUUUCGCCCUAUGUCAGCUGGGAUUGGCACCAGUGCCCCCGGCCAGCGUUAAAGAUGGAUGAAUGGAUGGAUGGAUGGACGGACAUCCCUGCAUAUAGCUGGAUUCAGACUAAUGCUAAAAUCCAUAGUUCA